UCUGCAGUAUUUGGGUGCAGUGCUUAUCUCGAGUCUAGAUACCUAUCUCCUUCAAACAGGAAAAGCAAUCGUGGAUUCCCAUCUUUCCUGCCUACAACAAAUGUUGUGCACCCCUGCUCGUAUCACCGGUCAUGUCUUUCAAACUGGUUGGCGAUCAAUUUUCUCAGAUCAAACAGACUCAGAAACGGCGGAGAUGCGACCUGCUGCUCGAGAGUGUACCGGAUGACGAAGCACUGCUUAUGAAGAAUGGCAGGUUUGCAUGCCUGGUGUGCUCGUGGAGGCCAACGUUUGACACCCUGGAGAUGUUGGCAGUUCAUCGCCAGAGCCAGAAGCAUGCUGAUGCCAUGGUGAAACGCAUCGAACAGCAGGCGUCGCUCCAGCUGGAGAUCAUGAAACGCGAGCAGAACCUGGCAGCUGCUGGUGGACAUUCCAAGGGCCUGCCGUCCUCUCAGCGCAGCGGUCCUAACGUAAGGCAGUCACCGUCUUCGUCGUCGCAUCCGCCGCCCCUGGUGACAGAUACUCGCGAGCGUGUCACCCGGGCUUUGUCGCAGUGGUCGGUGCCAUACGACCCGCGUGUAUCUGGCGGCCGUCACUCUGGAGCUGCCUCGGCGCCUGCCUCAUCUCGAGUGCAAGGUGUGUCUCAGGGUGUUUAUUCCAAUAGAGGGUCUUCGCUGUGUCAGGCGCCUCACUCUUCUUCACUGCAAGCAGAAUCUGCAACUGUAGCUGCAGUCAAAGACUCAGCGGACACCCAGUACGUCUUUCCAGCGCGUGCUGGGGUGGCCAAGAAGAAAAAGAAGAAGACAGCGGGUAGCUCGGCAGCUAGCACGUCAGCAUCCACCCAGCAGUCAGCCAAGGGAUCAACCACAUCCAGCGAAGCUGAGAAAAAGGCUACCCGGGUUCAGCGCCUUCUUGAGUCUGGCUGGGUCCUUUGUAACGACGGCUCAUGGGUGAGAGACCCUUCCGCCGAAUUUGACUCGGACGAAGAACCACCGUCACCGCUCUAAGCCCACUGAGUCGUCCGAGGGAAAUUUAUUUUGUUCUGGGAAUGCUUAAUCGGCCCGAAUUCGUCUCCGAUGAAGAAUCACUGUCGCGGCUUUAAUCCCUCUGAGCUCGUCGGAGGGAUACGUAGUGAGUUUUGCUGGAUUGGCGACUGGUAGUAUUUUCCUUCAGGAAACUGCUGAACUACAAUGACAAACCGGUAUUUUGUCUCACGAGUAGCUUGCCGACCGUCCUGUAGCGUAGAGAAAGUCAGCAGAGAGCCAAUCCGGACUUGAACAGUGCCUGUAGUCCAGCGCCACGCCAUCCAGUGUGCACGUAACAACAGCUCCUCGUCCUGCGCAGGCAAGCCACCCUGAAGGAGCAGACAGCCUGCAAACGCCCGCGGGGAUUCAAACAACACAGUCCCGCUGCGCUAACUCUUCGUCGCUGAGUGCACGGUCUACUGGUGUUAAAGGUGUUCUUUGGUUUCGCUUGAAUCCCUGAUUAUGACUCGAAACCCUUGUUGACACGGUGUGAGAUCACCAGCUGGCUUCUUUCUUAGAACACACAAACAUGCAUCGUCCUGCACCGGUAUUUGUCAGCACAGUGGGGCGCUGAUGUCCUGAUCCACUGCAUUGUAGCGCCGGUUAUUCUCGGCUUGUGUCGCAUGGUUUUUCUAAACGAACACAUGUCAUGCUCUUUCUAGGUAUGUACAUGAUUAUAUUUACCUUUCAACUCCCUAAAUCCUUUCUUCUUGAAUGAAGUCUAGAUUUCAUUCGCUUGAAAGUAAGAGGAUUGUGAAUCCAGAAACUGUAAUCUGGUAAUGGAAUAUGCCGUGCCCGGUUGCUUCUUUUCAUCUCAGCUCUUCACAUUCAAUGAUCCCUAUGCCCGUUUGACUUACAUGUACUUCAAUACGCCCUUUCAGAGAUGCACACAUAAAUCCCCGUGUAAGGUUGUAUCCCUGGUGAUGUCUGUACCAGGACUAAGCAGGAGACAAUAUCCUAAUGAUAUGCUAUUAUAGCAAAAUCCGCUAGAGAAGCAACGUACCCAGAAAUGUGAACAGAUCUUCGACAUCUGAAUGACCUUCUUGAAGUACCCAGAGUCAGAAUGAUGUUACGUACGCAGUCGGU